AUGGACGCUCGCACUCAAACUGCAUGCAAUGGGGGCGUCGGCCACGGAGCGACUGUCGGAGUUUCCCCUUCUUCGGAGUCCUUUCUGCCCGCUGGACCGGCGGAAGGGGAAGGCGAAACAGCGUUCUCCGCAUGCGCGAGUCGACACUCUCCAAGCUCAGGUGUCAAGGCGAGGCACCCGCUCUGUCCACGGCCGUCCACCAGAGUGAAAGCCGAGGCUGGAGUCGAGUCUUCAAGCGUCAGUCCGGAAGACUUGAGUCUGUGGGAGUGGCUGCGGGAGCGCCUGCACCUCUGUUAUGCCUCUCUUGUUCAGCGGAGCCCCCCAUCGAACAACGAGGCGACGCUUUUCUCCGACGCCAUCCCGACUCAGGAUGGAAGAGACAGCGAGGACAGUCUACCUCCUUUCCUCGGCUCGCUGCGUCCGCCGUCCAGCAGCUUCCUCUCUUCUGACCGCUCGUCGUUUGCCCCGCGGACUGUGUGGACUGAACAGACGAGCACGCUGAAGAGCCUCACCGAGAGACGGCGGAUCGCUAAAUCCGCCGUCCUCCCGGAGGCGGUUCUCCGGUGGCUCUGGGGGCUCCCAGAAACUCGCCGGCGAAACGUUCUCGGUGUUCUAAAGGCGAUGAAGGCCGAGGAAGAAGCUGCGGUGUGGGCCGCAGACAGAGACGCGGGGGAGAGCGGGGGUAGUGGGGAGAGUGAGGGCGAGACGGCCUCAGCGGAAAAGGCUGUCGAAGAACGCGUCGGAGAGAAAAGUGGAAGGAGGCGCGGGGUCGACGGGGAGGGAGACGGACUGAGAGAGGCGAAGACGCAAGGGGAUCGGCGGGAAGAAGAAGUCGUCUGCGGUGAGCACACUUGUCAAGAAGAGAAAGACAAAGUUGAGGAGGAAACGCAGAGGGUUCGUGAACAGGUCGACCCUCGAGGUCCUAGUGAAGAGAUUCGGAGUCGAGAAGCGUUGUCUCCGACGACAUACAAAGAUUCAACGGAGACAGUUGCAUGGAGAGAAACUUCCUCUCGCUUGUCUCGUUCGAAAAACGUGGAGUCUGUCUCCUCAUCCGACCUCUCUUUCUCUCCACGCGCCUUCUUUUUGCUUCCACCGUCGACCCCCGCGCGACCCGGAGUCCCCCCAGCGCUCCCCGCCUGGUCCCCAGACUGCGCGUUCGCGCCUGCAAGCUCGUGUGCCCACUGGCCUGGCGCCGCGGGAGUCUGGGAGCGCGCAGGCGUGAUCCCGGCGUUUCAGCUCGGGGAGCUGGUCAUGCACAGUUGGCAGGGGCGUUUUCAGCUAGGCGUCGUGUUGGAACGUCGCCUUUUUGCAUGCAGGCGAAGACGCGGUGCCAGGAAGAGUGAAGCCUCGCAGCCGCACACCACGGCCCUCGUCUCCCCGGUGGCGCUGCGCGAGGAAGAACAGAGACAGAGAAAGGGCAAGCGUGGAGGCGCUGGCGAGACUGAAGUCGAGGACUGCGAAGAGCAGCCGAAACGUCGGCGUCUCCAGAGCGCGUUGUUCACGAGUUCUUCUGAAGACAGCAGCGAGAGCAGCGAAGACGAGUCGGCCGCGACACAGUUUCUCAGACCGAGAGAGAAGACCCGCUGCUUGAGUCCCUGUCUCAGCUCGGGGCCUGCAGAGCCCGGAGCUCGGGCGUCGCGGAGACAGUUUGAAGUGAUCUACAGAGUCGUCUGCCUCGGGUACAACAAACUCGCGACGAAGAAGAGUUUCGGAGAAUGGACUCGCGAGAACCACCUGAUGGUUGUCGACGGCCUCGACGUCCUGCAGAAAUGCCAUGCCCACAACCUCCGCGCCAUUCGAGACGUCAAAGACGCUGGAUUCAACGCCUGGAGCGUCCAGACAGAGACCGCCUUCGACCACCGGUGUGAACGGUUUUCCUCCGCCGACGAACAGGAGGCGAGGAACGAGAAGAAAAAGGAGACGGUGGCGGUCGGCGGAGGGCGAGGCGCAGGCAGAGGGCGAAGGGGCAGAGGGCGCACGGGGGACCGCACGACAAGCAGAGAGGGAGUUUCUGGAAAGGGAGAAGACGUUUCUCCUCGUCGCGGCCGUCAAACGUACAGAGAUGCGGGCCGGGCAGGUCGAAGGAAGCCUGGAGAGAAGGCUUCAGGCGCGGAGAGCGACAGCCAACCAGCAGGAGGAGACGAAGGCGGCGGCGCGACGGCGGGGGCGAUGGUGUCGGUAAAGACAGACAGAGAGCGAGAAAGGCGCGUCAAAGUCGAGAGCUUGCGAAGAAAACUUCUGGACGACAUGGAGCAGUUGAAGCAAGCAGAGGAAAGUCGCAGACAGGAGGAAACGACUGGCAAAGAAAACCCUGCAGACGCCAACAGGACGCGGCUUGAGGACUGCGCGAGAAAAACUGCAGCAGAGGUCCACCCACUAUGGAAGCUUUCUCGCUGGCUGUUCGUUCGUCUGAGCCAGAGUCGGUCGCUGGUUCUUCUUCGGUCUUUUCCGCUAAUGCCUCAUGAGCUCCGCGCUUCCAGAGAGGAGCGAGGCCGACGCAGCAGUUCUUCGCAAGUGUCUCCUGGGCUGCGACUGGUGGGCGAGAUGACUGUCUCUGAAUUGCAGGCGCGCUUUGAGUGGGCCUUCUUGACGUUUCUCAACGAAAAGAGACGCCUCGAGGCGGACGCGCAGGAGUCGAGGAGUCGAGGGAACACCGAGAUAGGAGUCACUUGCGCAGCUGCGUCCACUGCAUGUCGACCCGAGAGGCUGUCAGUGAGUGACACGGCGUCUUCUUCUCUCCAAGCGGCUGGCUCCUCCUCUCAGUCCUCCGAAGAAGGUCAUGCGUUGGCGGUGGCGGGGCUGCUGCGCGAGGGUGAGAACGGUGCAGGCUCAGGGGAUAUAGACAGCUGGAGGCAGGCGAGAGGAAAAGAAAUCUCGAAAAAGGCGGACAGAAAAAGACAGACGUGCGUUGGAGAAGAACGCGAGAAGACCCGUGGAUCAGGCGAUCCGAUGGCUCCAUGCCUUGUGGAGGAUAAAAUGCAGCCGGGUGGUCAAACUGAUGAAUUCAAAGCGACGAGCGGGACAGACGAGACCGCAGACAACGCCUCGACUGGCAGUCAAAACGUUGGAAACGCCGCAGAGGUACGCGGUAUCUCCGGAGUGUCUCGGACGUUUCCUUCAGCGCAAGUGUCGCCUCCAACUCAGGAGCCCACAACCUCUGCUUGCGCGUCGCAGUCUCCUGUGUCGAUGCGAGAAACAGAAAAUUCGCAGGUUUCUUCGUCAGACUCCUCGCCUUCUACGCCCCCAGAAGCGGAACACUGCUUAGAAAAGGGUGAGAGUUCUUUUGUCUCUUCAUCCUUCUCUUUCGCCUCUUCCGUCUCUUACUCAGGCAGUUCCUUCUCAUCCUUACUCUGGUGGCUCCUUCUCCUUCACAUCGUCACAGCAGUCCACGGUUGCUCUCUCUUUCUGGCUUGGAUCUGUGUCAUUGGUUACCACCGGUGUGUUUCCGUCUAUCUCGAUCUCUCAGUCUCUGUUUUGAAGUCUGCUUCUGUCCCGCCGGCUCUGCAGCCUGCUCCUUCGCCGGUGGGUGCGUCAUCUUCUUCUCUUUUUGAUGGGCUGUCUAUUGGUUCAGGGUCUGCUGUUCUGGCGACUUCUUGCCUGAAGGCGGAGGUUGAAGGAUCAGACUGUCAAGAGGCGGCGAAACCUCCAGAGGCGUCCUGGGACAGCGAGGUUGAGCUGGAAUGCGAGUUUUUCGCUUCCUACUUCGGAGGUCUCUCCGCAUCGAAGCUGGAAGCGCUGUGGGGGCCUUUGACGAGUCUCGUCGCGCUCCAAGUCGACUGGCUCAACAGCCAUUUCCUCGCGGUCGCGUGCCACACAGAGGAAGAGGCGGCGGAUCUGCGAGACCACAUGCAGAGACUGCAGACUCGCCUCUUGUCCGACGUCGUGGGCGUCGAACACUGGGUCCGCUGUCUCCACCCCGCCGCGAUGGCGAAACACCACGUGCAACCUGUUCUAGAAAACCUUCCGUUUCCUCUCCAGAGACAGUUUGUGCGCCUCACGCAAUUCACUGUCCAUUACCUGGAACACUUGUGGAGAAGAAAAAUCGAAGAAAGCAACGGAAAACGGAUCAAGUGAAGCGCACACACGAUCAGAAAGAGGACAGGCAGCUUGCGCAGGCGGGUGGGUCUAUUCGAGUGAGGAACGGUGCAUGUCAGUGUCGCUUUCGAGUUGUUGACUUCUGCUUUUGUUUGAGAUCAAAGCACGUUUUCUUGUUACUUAGCACACACGCGUGGUUGGCCUAAAGAAUGCCGCGUGGAGCCCGCGUUUGAGAUGGAGACUCGCAUUCACCCACGAGGACCAAGUGUGUGAUUCGCGGCCUCUUCACGGGGAAAUCCAAGCACGUUCUUUUCAGUGCUUGUUAACGAAAUAGCGCCAGAGCUGGGGUACAAGAACACUGGAGUCGAAUUGUGUCCUUUGGCUGUAACUUCGUUUUCUAUGUGCGUGUAAGACACUUUCCAAAAGGAUUUUUUUCAGAUGGAUAAUCUCUGCAUCA